UCUGACAGUUGUCCUCACUUACAUUGUACAGUCGGAUUUGUGUUUGCUAAUUGCAGCAAAGACGGGUUAAUCGUCUGUGUAAACCCAAGGGUGGACUACAUGGAGGUUUCUCUGCUUAUGUGAAAAAGUGACUGGCUCCGAGGAUUUAGAGAUUUUGUGCAUUGCACUGCUGCCACAAGAUUGACUGAAUGCAUGACUCCAUGAAUGAGCCGGUGUGCGGGUGUUCCUAAUAAAGUGCAUGAGUAACAAUGUGUUUCAGGGUGUUUCUGCUUCUGAUUGGAGCUGUUUACAUCUGUUGUCAGGUCCUUGCAACAGGAGAUGUCUACAUUGCAGAGCUGAUGGUGGAGAGUAAUGUCACCCUGGAUGCCCAGACUGUGAUAUCAGUUUUGAAUGACCUCCAAGUGACCGUUAACAGUGGAGGUUCCUACACAGUGACCCUCUUAAAAAACGAAUUGGUAGCAGAGUGCCUUAUUGUUGGAGAUGACCACAGCUGCAACUGCUCCGUUGGGUACAUUUGGAGCAACGAAGUGUGCUACACUGCUGGCUGUUGCAGUGAUUCUACUUGCAAACAAAACGUGUCCUAUAUGACCCCGCUCUGCAUUGCCAAAGUCAACGUUCGGAUGAAUGGAUCGGUUAUACUGACGACCGGGUCCUUCACCCCCGGGGAUGCUGCCCAAACUACCCCGAUUGCAGAUGCCUUCAAGACACUGAAUGGCUUUGAGUCCCUUAACGUAACUGGUUACAGGCAAAGCGACACCAUUGCUGACUUUAAGGCAGCUGUCAGUGUCAAAUUUGAGACUUCUACGCUUCAAAAGGUUGUGACUCAACUGGAAACCAGUCUCUCAGCUGUAGUUUGGGUCGAUACUCAAGGAAUGGUCACCAUAGAAUCACCAGGGGUUACAGUGUGCUACAAAUCCAGCCCACAAUUGAAAUGCACAUUUGAGGAGGCAACGGACAGAGCUGGCUGGAACCUGACCAGGAAGAAUGAUCGGUUUGAGCUCAACACUGGCAGUGUGGUGAACCUGGACACCAGCUGUGCCACUCCGGAAUACAAGUCUUGUGCUAUAGUUAAUCUCAAGGAAGUUACAGGCAUGUGGGCAGGCACAUAUGAGUGUGGAUUCACCAGAGGGUCAGUCAGGCACACAGCCAACAGAAAAAUGAGUGUGGCGCUCCUGCCCGAUGUGAUCACCAUGAAAAUCUCUCCUCUUACUGCCGACUGUACGACGACAGAUAAUGUCGAGGUUCACGUCACUGCCACCAUCCCAGCCAGCACAGAGACCUAUAACGUUUCAUGGACCACCGUGAAUGGAGAAGUGAGCAAACAAUCCAUCUCACCUAAUACAGAUACCCUGGAUUAUUCAGCCGUGGCUACGAUCGCGUGUCAAAAAACACCCGACGCACGAUACAUUGAAGUCACUUUUACAAAUGUGAAGAGCCAAACAAAAAGUGCCAGAGUGGAUAUCCCCGUAAUUUAUGAUGGUGAUAAAUUUUGCAGUGAGGAAGAAGUAAAUGGAGAGAAUUGGCCAAAAACCCCGGAUGGAGAUACAGCAAUCAAUCGAACUUGUCCACAGGGCAGGGUUGGCUACAAGUCUCGCACUUGUGAGGGCGCUACCUGGUUGCGAGUGGUUUCCAACUGUGUCAGCGAAGAGCUGAAUAAAGUUUUAAAUGCAGCAGAUCUCUUCCAGCAGGGACUAGGAGCUACCCAGGAGGUGGCCUUGGAUAUAUUUGAGGGACUUAAGAAUAGCUCUGCAGUAAAUUCGGAUUCCAGUGACACUGUGGCCGACAUCGGUGCUUCCAUCAACGUUCUAGGUGUGAUGGCCAGUGCAUCGCAAAAAGUUGUCUUGGGGGACAGCGUCUUUCCUGAUUUCAUUGGUUCAGCGAGCAAUAUGUUGAACAAGAGCUGGAGCAGCGCCAACACAUCUACUAUGCACUCAAUGUCAUCAAAUUACCUUGUGUCUGUGGAGGACCUGGUGAAGAAUAUCAGAGUGAACAUGAGCAGACAAGAGCCUGGAAUCAUCAGUCAGAACGUAGACCUCAAAUUCUGCACUGAUCGCGACUGUAAUGUGUCUGUGUUUGACGUUAGCGUGAAUCUAAACAAGUCCACUGGAAUAAUGAAAACUUUUGCUGUGAAAAAUCUAAUGGAUAAAUUGAAAAACAACUAUGGCGAAAUGAUAACUACCCCCCUCAUAGUAUCGACCACACUGGAAAACAGCAGCGAUUCGUCUUUAGAAAUUGCAAUGGACUUCCCCAUCGAACGGCUGAACCCCAAUAAACCUUUCUGUGUUUUCUGGAACACCAAAGAGAAGCAGUGGUCAAGUGAGGGAUGCACUCUCAAAAGUAGAGACGAUAACCGCACAGUCUGCACGUGCAACCACCUGACUUCAUUCUCUGUCCUUAUGUCCAAGCGUGAUAUAUCUACUGACAUCCUAGAUAUGAUUACCCAUGUGGGCCUGGGUGUGUCCAUCUCCUGCUUGAUGGUCUUCCUCAUCAUUGAGUACCUAGUGUGGUCUGCGGUGGUCAAGACCAACCUUUCACAUUUUCGUCACACGGCGUUGGUGAACAUUGCCGUGUUCCUCUUGCUUGCGGACUGCAGCUUUUUAGCUUCCUCCUCUCCUGAGACUCUCGGCGACACCUGGUGCCUAGUUUUGACCGUGUGCAAACACCUGUUUUACUUGGCCAUGUUCAGCUGGAUGCUGUCCAUGAGUGUCAUGCUUGUACACCAGCUCAUCUUUGUCUUCAACCCACUGCGGAAAAGAGUCUUCAUGUUCCUCUCCAGCAUCGUAGGCUAUGUUUGCCCGAUUUUAAUAGUGGGAUCCAGCUAUGUGUAUUGCAAAUACACCAAAAAGCCCUACUAUAAUAAAAAAACAUGCUGGCUGGUUUUUGAAAGAAUCCUGGAGGGCUCUAUGCAUGCUUUCCUCCUCCCUGUGGGAACUAUUGUUUUGACAAAUCUCUUUUCCAUGGUGGUCGUCAUUGUGACACUGAUGAAGUCCUCAGUCCCUGAUGGCAGUAAGGCAGACAAGGAGACAGCCAAAAGCAUCCUUAAAGUGGUGGUCUUUCUAACACCUGUCUUUGGAGUAACAUGGAUCAUUGGCUUCUUUCAGCUCAUGUUAGAUGAAACUCAUCCCAUGCAAACUGUUGCUGUUUACAGUUUCACCAUCCUCAAUUCCUUCCAGGGCUUUUUCAUAUUGUUAACAGGCUGUUUUGCAGAGCAAAAGGUCCGAGAGGAACUUGUAAAGCUCAUAAAGGCAAAAUCAAAAGGAAACAGUGACAGCACAAAGAAUUUGACAUCAACCACAUACACGAAAGACAAAUGAAAGCAGAGAUUAGAAGACACAACAUUCCUCACGAUUCAAAUGCUUCCUGAUACUGUGGCAGCAAUGUACAACAAAAUGACAACUGGCACUUUUAGCUCUUUGGUAAAUCUAACAUCACAUGGAAAGGGGAAAGUAGCAGUGCAAGUAAAGUUUUGUGUAUUUAAUGUGACUACUUCUGUUUUGUGCUUUUGUGAUUAUAACACACAUCGCGCAGUUUGUCAAACAACAAAUGCUGCUGCAAUAACCAUAGCAACCAGCAUCUUAUCAGGCUAUGCUACCGUACAUGGAACAGAUGGGUCUGUCAGUUUAAAUAGAAACAAAUCAGUUUUGCUCCACAUGCAAGCACAAAUUAUUAUUAUUAUUAUUAGUUUUGGUUUUUUGUGGGUUUGUGAACCAGGUUUUAAUGCGGCAUCUCUACAUUUCAGACUGUGCAAACAAAAACAGCAACUCACAUGUACAUGUAUGUAGCUCCACUUGUAACCUGUAGAGCAGAUUGCCUUAGAGUUUCCUUUGUGUUAGAUUAUAGCUCUUAGACAGUUACAGAAUGGUAGCCCUAGAACCAGGUUGUUAACUAAAGCACUAGAACACAGUUUUUUUUAAUAUAUUGUGCAUUCUAUAUAUCCAGAUUGUAAGUGCUGACUAUAUAUACAACAAAAUAUUUUAUCUUACUUAGAAGGAAAGUCUGUAAAUGUACACUAUUUGACAUGAACCAUACUAUGUGUACUAGGUGUGCAUAACCACUGUAUGUACGUCAAAAUAUGGAAUGAAAUAAAGACAAGGAAUAU